ACCAUGUAUGGUUUUAAAUGGAAACAAUGGUCCAACAAGUUGCAGAAAACAUAAACUUUCCAAAAGAGGAAGAGAAAAUAUUACAGAUUUGGAACAAGCUUAAUUGUUUUCAAGAAUGCCUAAAACAGUCCAAAAACAGGCCAAGGUUUACAUUCUACGAUGGGCCUCCAUUUGCCACAGGACUUCCUCAUUAUGGACACAUACUUGCAGGAACCAUUAAAGACAUAGUAACUAGAUUUGCUCACCAGAGUGGAUUUCAUGUGGAUAGAAGAUUUGGUUGGGAUUGCCAUGGUUUGCCUGUGGAAUAUGAAAUUGACAAAGCCUUAGGCAUCAAAGGACCAGAAGAUGUUGCAAAAAUGGGAAUUGCAGAAUAUAACAAAAAUUGCAGAGGGAUUGUUAUGAGAUACUCACAAGAAUGGAAAACGAGUAUUACAAGACUUGGACGGUGGAUUGACUUUGACAAUGAUUAUAAAACUCUGUAUCCAGAAUUCAUGGAGACUGUGUGGUGGGUUUUCAAACAACUGUAUGACAAAGGAUUGGUAUACCGAGGAGUUAAAGUCAUGCCUUUCUCAACUGCGUGUAACACACCCCUUUCUAACUUCGAGUCACAUCAGAAUUAUAAGGAUGUUCAAGACCCUUCAGUCAUUGUUACUUUUCCAUUAGAAGAAGAUGAAAACAUAUCUCUGGUUGCUUGGACAACAACUCCUUGGACUCUGCCUAGCAAUCUGGCCCUCUGUGUUAACCCAGAUUUGCAGUAUGUAAAGGUGAAAGAAAAAAACACAGAGAGAAUUUUCAUUUUGAUGGAAGCUAGACUGAUGUCCCUCUACAAGUCUGAAAGUGAAUAUACAAUACUUGACAGGUUUCCUGGUGUUAAACUUAAAGGGAAGAAAUAUAAACCUCUUUUCCAGUAUUUUAUCAAGUGCAAAGAAAAUGGUGCUUCAGUAGUGACUGUAACUACUGUGAAAGAAGAAGAAGGUACAGGGGUUGUACAUCAAGCUCCUUACUUUGGCGCGGAUGACUACAGAGUCUGCAUGGAUUUUAAUAUUAUUCAAGAUUCUGUGCCAGUUUGUCCUGUUGAUGCUCAGGCUGUUUCACAGCAGAUGGCUGACUUUGCUGGACAGUACGUGAAGAACAUUAUCAAGGCUCUAAAAGAGCAAGGAAGACUGGCUACCAGCAGUUUCAAGACAAACUAUCCUUUUUGCUGGAGGUCUGAUACUCCUCUUAUAUACAAAGCUGUGCCAAGCUGGUUUGUUCGUGUGGAGCACAUGGUGGAAAAACUAUUGGAAAAUAAUGCCCAGUGCUAUUGGGUUCCUGACUUUGUGAAAGAGAAGCGUUUUGGAAACUGGUUGAGAGAUGCACAUGACUGGGCUAUUUCACGGAACCGAUACUGGGGAACACCUAUUCCAUUGUGGGUCAGUGAUGACUUUGAAGAGGUGGUCUGCAUUGGAUCUGUAGCAGAACUGCAAGAAUUAUCAGGAGUGAAAAUAACAGAUCUCCACAGAGAAAGUGUUGAUAACAUCACCAUCCCUUCACGCUGUGGCAAAGGUGUAUUGCAUCGUGUUCCAGAGGUAUUUGACUGCUGGUUUGAAAGUGGAAGCAUGCCUUAUGCACAAGUCCAUUAUCCAUUUGAAAACAAGAAAGAAUUUGAAGAUGCUUUUCCUGCUGACUUCAUUGCUGAGGGCAUUGACCAAACAAGGGGAUGGUUUUAUACUUUGCUCGUGUUGUCCUCAGCUCUUUUUGGGAAGCCUCCUUUCAAGAAUGUAAUUGUAAAUGGCCUAGUUCUUGCCAGUGAUGGGCAAAAGAUGAGCAAACGUAAGAAGAAUUACCCAGAUCCAACAAAUAUUGUAAACUCUUAUGGAGCUGAUGCAUUGAGGCUAUAUCUUAUCAAUUCUCCAGUGGUAAGAGCAGAAAACUUGAGGUUUAAGGAAGAAGGAGUAAGAGAUGUACUGAAGGAUGUCUUCCUGCCAUGGUACAAUGCAUAUCGCUUCCUUGUACAGAAUGUUGUCAUUUUGCAACUUAAGGAAGAUGGAAAGGAAUUCCUUUACAAUGAGAACACAGUUAAGAAAAGUAACAACAUUAUGGAUAAAUGGAUACUUUCCUUUACACAGUCACUGAUUCAGUUCUUCAAAGUUGAAAUGGCAGCUUACAGAUUGUAUACAGUAGUUCCUCAUCUAGUUAAGUUUGUAGACAUUCUUACCAAUUGGUACGUCAGGAUGAAUCGUAGGAGAUUAAAGGGUGAAAAUGGCACAGAUGACUGCAUUAUGGCCUUAGAAACCUUAUUCAGUGUUCUCUUCUCAAUGUGCAGACUAAUGGCACCAUAUACUCCAUUUAUCACUGAAUUGAUGUACCAGAAUUUGAAGACUCUUAUUGACCCAGCAUAUGUUCAAGAGAAGAACACUGACAGCAUCCACUACCUCAUGCUUCCUCAAGUUAGGGAAGAUUUAAUUGACAAAAACAUUGAAAGUGCUGUUUCCCGAAUGCAAUCUGUUAUUGAGCUUGGGCGGGUAAUCAGAGAUAGGAAAACCAUUCCAGUAAAGUAUCCAUUGAAAGAGGUGGUGGUGAUACAUCAGGAUCCUCAGGCACUGGAAGAUAUCAGGUCCUUGGAAAAGUAUAUACUUGAGGAACUUAAUGUCCGUCAGGUGACAUUAUCAACUGAUAAAGAUAAGUAUGGAAUUCGUCUGAGAGCAGAACCAGAUCACAUGGUGCUUGGCAAGCGUCUGAAAGGUGCCUUUAAAUCUGUUAUGGCAGCUAUUAAGGAGCUGACAAGUGAGCAGUUGGAAGUAUUCCAGAAGACAGGCACCAUUGUUGUGGAUGGACAUGAACUGCAUGAAGAAGAUCUCCGUCUGAUGUACAUCUUUGACCAGGCAGUGGGAGGAUCUGCUCAGUUUGAAGCACAUUCUGAUUCUCAGGUCUUGGUUCUCCUGGAUGUUACUCCAGAUCAGGCUAUGGUUGAUGAAGGUGUUGCACGUGAAGUAAUAAAUCGCAUCCAAAAACUUCGAAAGAAGCGCAAUCUUGUUCCUACCGAUGAGAUUACAGUAUAUUACCGUGCACAUCCAGAAGGUGAUUAUCUUGAAACUGUUAUUAAGGAACAUACAGAUUUUAUUUAUGCAACAAUAAAGGCUGCCUUGAAGCCAUAUCCAGUACCUACCUCAAAAGAAGUGCUUAUUCAAGAAAAAACCCAGCUGAAGGGAUCAGAACUGGAAAUUACACUAGCCAAAGGCGCUUUGCAUCAUCACAUUGAACCAACAUGUGCUUAUGUCAAUGUGAACAUCUGUGUUAAUGGUAAAGAGCAAGGUGGAAUGGUCCUGCUAGAAAAUCCUAAAGGAGAUAAUAAAUUAGACUUUACCAGAUUUAUUAAUACCAUGUCAUCCAUUUUUGGACUUGAAAAUUCAAAGCUGGCGGUUUUCAGUGGAAAAACAGAGCUGAAAAACCAAACAGACUUGCUGAGUCUCAGUGGAAAGCUCCUUCAUGUAACAGCAGGGUCAAUGCCAGCCUUGAAUAGUCUUGAUGGCUCCCUCUGUCCCUAUAUCAAUUUACAACUAGUGAAUGCACAUCCACAAGAAUGUCUGAAUGGGGUGGUGGGAACUCUUCUCAUGGAAAAUCCUGCUGGCCAGAAUGGACUAACAUAUCAAGGGCUUCUGCAUGAAACAGGAAAAAUGUUUGGACUCAGAAGCAGACGACUAAAAUUAUUUCUGGAUGAAGCGCUAACAGUGGAGAUUACAAAGGAAACCUCCAUGAAGAGUUUAAAUACGAAGACUGUGUAUGUUAAUGUUACACCAACAACAGCUGAAUAUUGAAUGAAUCCAUUUUCACCAGUGCUGCAGUUUAGACAUUUUGGUGAAGAAAUCUGAUUUGCAAUUGGGAUACUUUCAUGAAGAAUCCCUGGCUUCUCUAGUGUGGUUUGAAUAACAGCAGAAUUACAUGGAACAUGGUUCUAACAGUGCAUGUAUAAUAUGCUACUUGAAGUUUAAAUACAGUGAAUUUUCAUUAUAAUAUGUUGCAAAAGCUAUGCAGAGUAAUACUCAGUGACAGGAAGGAUCUAUGCAGUUAGUUGCCUGAAAGAGAAAAUGAGAUGAGUACCUCAGUAUUGCUGUUCUCUGCCUGUUCAUUGUGGAGAGACCAUCUUUAGUUUUUUUUAAUGUUGCUCUUCCUGUAUCUUUCAUACCAUGUUAUGUUGGCUUUAAACCUGAUUAAACAAGAAUAAUUUGAUUGUUCAGCAUCACUGAUAGGCUAUUCAGGAAGUAUGUGUUAUCUCUAAUGUCCAUGAUUUUGAAAAUAAAUUGCUUUAUCUAGAAGAAUGUAUGUAUUGGUUUCAUUGUAACUUUUAGGAAAUAGUUAAAAGGAGAUAUGUCUUCCAUAAGUGAUGGAGGGCAAUAAAAGCCAAAAAUAUGUCUAAGUAGAAUAGUUAGUAGUUACUGAUCAGUCUAGAGACAACACUUUGUGUGUAAUAAAAGGAUGUGGUACCUGUUGGUCCUUUAAAUAAACAUUCUCUCUGGUAAAAUAGAGGUAAACA